AAACUGUCCUCUCGCGAGACAGAGCGCUGUUUCCCAGGCAGCAGUGUGGUGUGUGCGCGAUAGAGACAAGGAAAGAUGGCGACGCAGGAGAGCGCAGCAGCUAAAGCUAUCGAGAGCAACGGCGAGGUGAGUAGCAAUGGGACUGCUGCAACAACAGACGGCGAGGCUGUGCAGACAGCUGAAAAUGCACAGCCUCAGCAACAGCAGCCAGCACCUAACGCAUGGCAGGUCAUUAAAGGAGUCCUCUUCAGAAUCUUCAUAAUCUGGGCGAUUAGUAGCUGGUUCCGUCGAGGGCCGUCCACUCCAGACCCCAACACGCCAGCCGGGGCCCCCAGAGUACCCAGCAGGAACCUGUUCCCCAAGGACACCCUCAUGGACCUGUACGUGUACUUGUCCCAGGAGGAGGUGUUCUCUGACUUCAACAACACAGAAGCCCUGUUUUGGUUCCAGAGGGACCUGGUCUAUGGAGACUGGACCGUCGGGGAGAACGGGGACGGCUGUUACGAGCAAUAUAAGGAGUUGGACAUCCCAGAGGAAGUGCAACACAACGGUUCCCUUUACAUGCACGUCUACUUCACUAAAACUGGAUUCCACCCAGACCCCAAACGCAAGGGGCAGUAUCGCAGACUGGCAACAGUUCAUACAACACGAAUGCUUAAUAAAUUCAAGCGAAGAAAGUUUAUGAAGACCAAGAAUCUGCUAACAGGAGAGACGGAAGUAGAUCCUGAAAUAAUCAAGCGAGCAGAGAGCCACGGCCCAGUGGAGAUUAUCUCUCAUUGGCACCCCAACCUCACCAUCAACAUGGUGGAUGACCACACCGCCUGGGUCAAAGGCUCUGUACCCCCUCCUCUAGACCAACAUGUUAAGUUUGAUGCAGUAAGUGGCGACUACUAUCCCAUCGUGUACUUCAAUGACUACUGGAACCUUCAAAAGGACUACUAUCCCAUCAAUGAUACCCUGAAAACCCUCCCACUGCGCCUCGCCUACUGCCCACUGUCCUUGUGGCGUUGGCAGCUGUACGCUGCCCAAAAUGCACGUUCACCGUGGAACUUCCUACCCGAGGACACCUACGAGCAGUCCGACGAAGACCAAGACUCUGUCAAGGUGGCCCUUUUGGAAACCAACCCGUACCUGCUGGGAAUCACCAUCGUUGUCUCCAUCGUGCACAGCAUCUUCGAGUUUCUUGCCUUCAAGAAUGAUAUCCAGUUCUGGAACAGCAGGCAGUCUCUCGAAGGCCUCUCCGUGCGCUCCAUCAUAUUUGGAGUCUUUCAGUCUCUGGUGGUGCUGCUGUACAUCCUGGACAAUGAAACUAACUUUGUGGUGCAGGUCAGCGUCUUCAUCGGCCUUCUUAUUGACCUGUGGAAAAUCACCAAGGUCAUGGACGUCAAACUUGACCGAGAGAACAAAAUCGCAGGGGUGUUGCCGAGAUUGGUAUUCAAAGACAAGUCAACAUAUGUGCAGUCUUCAACCAAAAUCUAUGACGAUAUGGCCUUCAAGUACCUGUCUUGGCUGCUCUACCCUCUGUUUGGCUGCUAUGCGGUCUACAGUUUAUUGUACGUAGAGCACAAAGGCUGGUACUCAUGGGUACUCAGCAUGCUCUAUGGAUUCUUGCUAACCUUUGGUUUCAUUACAAUGACGCCACAGCUAUUCAUCAACUACAAAAUGAAGUCUGUGGCCCACCUCCCAUGGAGGAUGCUCACUUACAAGGCUCUCAACACCUUUAUUGAUGACCUGUUUGCCUUCGUCAUCAAGAUGCCCAUGAUGUACAGGAUAGGAUGCCUCAGAGAUGACGUGGUGUUCUUCAUCUACCUUUACCAGCGCUGGAUCUAUCGGGUAGAUCCCAACAGGGUCAAUGAGUUUGGCACCAGCGGAGUGGACCACGUCCCGGACAACACUGCAGCGGAAGAUGCUGCUCCUGCAGCAGAAAGUGCACCUGCUGCCGAGCAGCCUUUCCACUUCCCAGAGCCUCAAACCAUGAUGUCUCCAGACGAGAGGCCUAGCGCUGCCCAGCCUGGGUCCUCCAUUUUAGGGGCAAUGUGUUACAGCGAGCCCGAGGACUCAGUCAAUGGCACCGAUGAGACGGCCAUCUUAAACCAGUUGCUGGAAAUGCCUGCAUUAUUGGACAUAAUACUCGACCCAAGCUUCUCUCUACCCUCUGGCUUUGAGCAGGGGCCCGACCCUGCGUUUGCAAACAUGGACAUGAACUCCAACCAGAACUUUAACUUGUAUGCUCAAGACUUUUCACAUUACAACUACAGCGACUUGCAGUUCAACAUGCUUGUCAAUGAGAGCCAGACUCUGCAGCCAGAGGCACAGGACAACUCCUCCAACAUGGUUCAGGUUAAGACAGAAGAGGAGCUAUGAGGACGGGGUAGUCAGGAUCAUGAAGCUCUAGGAAUAAUUAUACAUUUUGGGAAUUUCAAUUAUUUGCUUUCUUGCCAAGAAAAAGAAAAGAAGAUCGAUACCACUCUCACCACCAGAAUGGUAUGGAUCUUCUCAUCUACCUCUCGGCAAUAAAGUGUAUUUCCCAAAAUGUUGAAUUGAAUUUCUCCUCUGGAUUUAGAGCCAAACAAGAUUAUGUUGUCCCAAAUCCAAGGCUACUGCUCCGGCUGCUUGCACUGUGAAAUCUGUUUGUCCUUAAACCAUAUAUAUAUAUGUCUGAAGACCUUGCUGGUCAAGGCUUUAGCAACCAGGAGCAGUUUAAAAUUCCUACAUAUGUGCCAGUAAAUGCUGCCAGCAUUAACUGUGAGUAAAAGGUGAUUCUCACAGUUAGCAUAGAGAGCUUUAAAAGAGAACUCAUCAAAAUGUAUAUUUAACAUGAGAUCAAUAGAAACCCUCCCAUGACUCAUGGUCUAUUGUAGUAAAUGAUUGGCGAGGUAAGAAUGUAAUGUUUGUCUAAGGUCUGUUUUUUUUUUGUCUACGGUCUUAUUGUGUUUGCUUUGACAUGAUUUGGGGAAAAUGACCUGACUUACUACAAAAAGUUGAUGUAGGAUUUUAGUUUGAAAACACAAAAAGUCUCAUGUAUAGUAGUUCCUGAAUAGUAGUAGUGCUCUCCACUUUGUUCUUGCCUGGUAUUACUCUGUUGAUGUGGCUGGCACCCCAGAUGGCUUGUUUAUUCAUAUUUAAUCAAAUGCAAUAGAAAUCAGUCCUCCUCAUAUUUAUAGCUCUGUCUGUGUCAGUUCCUACUGUUUAGAGUUUCACUGUUGUGCGAAACAUUCAAAUUUCCACUCUCAGCUUGUCUCAAGUCCUCCCCCUUGCUGUAGUGCUGUAGUGUCAAUAUUUCAGAGAAGAAACAAUAAAAGGUCUGUGUUA